CAACAAACACAGAUGUGUUUUGCUUCCAGUUUGACCUACCUUCUACUGAGGAAUUUGUGCCUACCCCUUUCCUCCUCGGCCCUAUGCUGCUGAAGGUGGUUCUGCUGCUCUUGGCUCCAUUCACUGGGAAGUUCGAUGUCAUCACAAAGCCCAUCCUGUCUCUUCAACCUCCAUGGAACACUUUCUUCUCCUAUGAGAAAGUACAUUUGACAUGUGAGCAUCUGGAUCUCAUGGGAUCUGGAGACAUCCUAUGGUACAAUGAGGGGAAGAAGUUCCACCAAACCUCUGGAAACACCACUGUGAUCUUGAAGAGUGGACAGUACAGCUGUGGGAGACAGGAUUCUGCUCUCAGUGACCCUGUGGCCAUCUCCUUCUAUUAUGACUGGCUGAUCCUCCAGGCUCCUUACUCUGUGUUUGAAGGAGAUGCUGUGAUUUUGCAAUGCCAAGGAUGGAUGAAAGUUAAGCUAUCCCAGGUUACAUUUCAUAAAUGGAAACAAUCCAUUUACUUCACUGAGGAAAACAAACCUCUGUCCAUCAAAACAGCAAGGAUAGGGCACAGUGGCCAAUACAGUUGUAAUGGGUAUGUGAAGAAUGAAAAAACAAAGAAAAGCUCUAAAUCUGUCAUCCUUCAAGUCCAAGAGCUGUUCCCUCGACCUGAACUAAGAAUCAGCAAUUGCACUGAAGCCAUGGAGGGGAGCCCAGUAGCCUUGAGGUGUAAGACGCAAUUACCCCUUCAGAGGUCAGCUUCCCGGCUCUACUUCUCCUUCUAUAAGGAUAACAGGACCAUAAGAAGCAGAGACCGGUCCCCAGAAUACAACAUCCCAGCCAUCAUCAUGGCAAGUGCUGGAUUUUACUGGUGUGUGGCAGCCACCGAGGAUGGCCAAGUUCAGAAACAGAGCCUCAGGCUGGAGAUUCAAGGCUCCACAUCUCUCCCCUCAGUCCCCAUGGGGCACAGGAGGAGCCGGCUGGUUCUGGGGAUAUCUCUGGCCCUGUUGGGCAUGACUGCCAUCACUGUGGCCCUUCUGAUUUAUUUCAGGCUCCUGAAGAAAGCAGAAGGAAGUGCUGCUACUUCAGAUCCUGCCAGGGGUCCUUUCUUCCCAGGAACUCCUGAAACCCCUAAGGCCUCUCCAUCAGAGGACCUGGAGUCUUGUCCAGUGUAUGUCAAUGUGAGUCCUCGGGAUCAGGAGAGUGGGGGUGUGAUCUAUUCUGUGGUAUUCGCCAGGAAGCAGACAAAGACAGCCAUCUCCGAAGACCCAUCCCCAAGGAAGGAGGACUUCUCUGUCAUCUAUUCCAAGGUGGCCUUGCCACAGAGCCAGAAACUCUCACCUGGGUAAGGGGACAUAUACAGGAGACUCAGGCCUCCCAGGAAGACAAGUCCCAGGCACAUACAAGAAAUGAUGGCAAUUCGACUCUGGUGAUCCCUGAUUCCCCCCCACCACCACCCACCCUCCAGUUUGGGAUGCCCCUCGGAGAGGCUGCAAAAAGAUCACCUCCAACAAGAGAGCCCCUCCCCUCCAACCCAGAAGAUGAAACUGAGCCUUUCCUCCCUCUGUAAAGAGAUAAGGAGUCCCUGGGCCCUCACCCAGCUCAUCAUCAAGGACUGAAACACGGUAGACUUCCCGGAAGAUAAUCAAGCAACAAGAGCUGAGAAUGGGGCAUGGCAAUUUCAUUGGGCAACAGGAAGUAACAUCCUCUUUCACUGUAGUUAGGAGCUGGUCUCACCUGCUUUUUUCUCUCUGCAUCUGUGUUGGGGGAGGGUGGUAUUAGUCCCUGAGUGUUAUUACUCCCCCAUCCUGAGGUAUAGCCAAGUGAGAGAGAGGUUCCUUGUUGUUCGGUUCUAAUGUGGAUGAUGGAAGGCAGCUCACAUCUGCACUCAUUGGAGAAGAGCUCCAGAGGUGAUUCUGAUACUUAGAAAAGCAACAUGGUGUCAUGGGAAAAGCAUUUCAGGUCUGAAAGUCUGGGUUUGAGCCCUAGGUCUGCCAUUAACUAUGUGACCUUAGGCAAGAAUAAUAACUCAUAGAGAGGGUGUCUGUCUUCUCCCAAGUCCAUGGCUCCAUGGGAAGAGAGGAGUGCAUAGGUCCUUGGCCCAUAGUGCCUGACGAGUUUCUGAGUUUUCACCUCAUGACUGAUCCUACAGAAUAUGUGAGUCAAACAUUGAGUUUCAAACCGUGUUCUGCUGUGUACUUUCUUUUGUCCACAUAAAUUACAUUUCCUAGAAUUCCUAGGUUCAAAGUAACUUCUGUACUGUUUGGAAACUUCCAGAGUCCAAGAGAGCAGCGGGUAUCCAGUCACUUUGUAAUUAUUUUAUUAUCCAUUGGUUUUAUCAUUAUCAUGUACUGUUUAAUUUGCUUUUUGAUUCUAUGCCAAGAAUAAAAGCUGUAUAUGUCCCCAAACAAACAAAAAUAACAAAAACUUUUACAUAGUACUUUGAAGUUUGCUGUGCAUUUGAUAUACAUCCUCACAAUAACUCUGUGAAGCAGGUGCUAUUGUUAUGCCCACUUUAUGUAGGAGGAAAUUCAGGGAGGUUAAGUAAUUUGCACAGGGCCACACAGCUAUUUAAUGACUAAAACAGGAUCUGAACCAAGGUAUUCCCGAUUCCAAGUUCAGUACUGUGUUCUCUGGGCAAAGCACUUCACCUCCAAGUAACUUAGUUUUCUCAUCUAUAAACUGGGACAACUUGGGAGCCCUCCCUAACAACCUAGCAUUCUAGCAUUCUAUCUGUGACCUUCAAGUUUCUGUGGCCUGUGAGGUAUUGCUGAGUAAAGCUAACAGAGAAACUCCCCAGGACCAUCUCUCCUGGUCUUAUAGUGUGUGGGCUACUCUAUUUGCAAUUACCUCUUAUAGGCCAUAGUUGAGAGGCUAGAUGUCCCAUAGGAAUCUCAAACCCAAUGCAAUUGGUGGCAUAGUGGAUAGAGCACUGGGCCUAGAGUUAAAAAAAAAAAAGUUCAAAUUUAACCUCAGACACUUAAUACCUG